GAGAGGAGGCUGAAAUGAAGGCCAGGCCGAGGAGAAGGAGGCCGGAUUCGGCAGCCCUCCUCCCUCCCUCCUGGCUCCCCUCCAUCCAUCGGAAGCCGGGCCAAGGAGGCAGGGAAGGCGGCAGGGAAGGCUCCCCUCGUUCGGCCUGAGGGGGGGGGGAUUCACGGCGGCGCCCAUGGCGGGCCUGGAGCAGCUGGAGCUGGGCCGCCUGCGAGAGGCCCCUCGGGGCUCCUCCUCCUCCUCCUCCGUGUCGCCUUCGCCGCCGCUCUCCUCCUGCUCGAGGCAGGCCUGGAGCAGGGACAACCCGGGCUUCGAGGCCGAGGAGGAGGAGAAGGGGAAGAAGAAGGCGGCCAGGGCGGCCUCGGGGCCUGUGCUCCAAAUGGAGGCGGAGUGGGCCUCGGCGGCAGCAGCAACAGCAAGAGGAGCGGCCUCGCCUUCGCUUUCCUCAGGGCAGGGGCCCAGGAAUGGAGGCGCCGAACUCGGGAGGAAGAGGGAGGAAGAAGGAGAGGAGGAGGAGGAGGAGGGAGGCAAAAUGGCGGCGGGGAGACCCCACUCCUUGGAGCAGGCGCUGCCUUCGCCUUUCCCUCACGAAGGAGGAGGAGGAGGAGAGGCCGAGGAGGAGCCCCCGCCUCGCCGCGUGGCCUGGACCAAAGGCCUGGCCCGCCGUCUCAGGGGUCUGUGGGGUACAAGACUAAUGGAAGAAACCACAACCAGAGAGAAAUACCUGAAAAGUGUCCUACGAGAACUAAUCACGUACUUGAUGUUUCUCCUGGUCCUCUCCAUCUUGUCUUAUGGGAUGGUGAGUUCUAAUAUGUACUACUACACAAGGAUAAUGUCACAGCUCUUUCUAGAUACACCUGUAUCAAAAAUGGAGAAGAUCAACUUCAAAACUUUGUCCACAAUGGAAGACUUCUGGAAGUUUGCUGAGGGUCCAUUGCUAGAUGGACUGUAUUGGGAAAUGUGGUAUAACAAUAAAACAGUGACAGAGAACAGAAGUUUCGUCUACCAUGAGAACCUGCUUUUGGGAGUACCUCGUCUGCGGCAGCUGAAAGUGAGAAAUGGCUCGUGUUCAAUACCUGAAGAUUUACAAGAUGAAAUUAAAGAUUGUUACAAUGUUUACUCUGUGGGUAAUGAAGACACUGCUCCAUUUGGGCUUCGAAAUGGAACUGCUUGGACUUAUACCAGUGAAAAAGAUCUGAAUGGGAGCAGCCACUGGGGGCUGAUUGCAACAUACAGUGGAGGUGGCUAUUAUCAGGAUCUUUCUAGAAGCAAACAAGAGACAUCUGACUUGAUUGCUGGCCUUAAGAACAACUUGUGGCUUGACAGGGGCACAAGGGCAACAUUUAUUGAUUUUUCAGUGUACAAUGCAAAUAUCAAUCUCUUCUGUAUUAUCAGGUUAUUGGUGGAAUUCCCACCAACAGGCGGCCUCCUUACAUCUUGGCAGUUCCAGCCAGUAAAGUUGAUCCACUACAUCUCUGCAUUCGACUUCUUCCUAGCUGCCUGUGAAAUUAUUUUUUGCCUCUUUAUUAUUUAUUACGUGGUAGAAGAAAUCCUAGAAAUUCACAUUCACAGACUGUUCUAUUUCAGAAAUCUUUGGAAUUGUCUUGAUGUUCUCAUCAUUGUGCUGUCAGUGGCAGCUAUAGGGAUUAAUGUAUAUCGAACAUCUACUGUGGAUAGGUUGCUAAAGGAGCUGCUGGAAAAUCAAAAUAACUUCCCAGAUUUUGAGCCAUUAGCCUAUUGGCAAACACAGUUCAACAAUAUUGCAGCCAUCACCACGUUUUUCGUCUGGAUAAAGCUUUUUAAAUUCAUCAGCUUCAACCAGACAAUGAGCCAGUUAUCUUCCACAAUGUCACGAUGUGCCAAAGAUGUUCUUGGUUUUGCUAUUAUGUUUUUCAUCAUUUUUAUAGCCUAUGCACAACUAGCCUACCUAGUAUUUGGUACACAAGUUGAUAACUUCAGUACCUUCCAGGACAGUAUCUUUACACAGUUCCGCAUCUUGUUGGGAGAUUUCGACUUUACAGAGGUUGAAGAGACUAACAGAAUUUUGGGACAAGUUUAUUUCACUACAUUUGUGUUCUUUAUGUUCUUCAUUCUUUUGAACAUGUUUUUGGCUAUCAUCAAUGAUACGUACUCAGAGGUCAAAUCAGAUAUGGCACAACAGAAGUCUGAAAUGGAACUGUCAGAUCUUAUUAAAAAGGAAUACACCAAAGCCAUGGUGAAAUUAAAAUUGAAGAAAACACCAGUUGAUGACAUUUCAGAGAGUCUACGACAAAGCGGAGGCAAAUUAAACUUUGAUGAACUACGGCAAGACCUAAAGGGAAAAGGACAUACUGAUGCUGAGAUUGAAGCCAUUUUUACAAAGUAUGACCAAGAUGGUGAUCAGGAAUUGACUGAACUGGAGCAUCAACAAAUGAGAGAUGAUUUGGAGAAAGAGCGAGAGGACUUAGAGCUAGACAGAAGCUCUCUGACUCGUCCGUUGAGUGGUCGUAGUUUUCCACGAAGCCUUGAUGACUCAGAAGAAGAUGAUGAUGAUGACAGUGGACAUAGCUCCAGGAGGAGAGGCAGCAGCUCAAGUGGAGUGUCAUAUGAAGAGUUUCAAGUGUUGGUUCGACGAGUCGAUCGCAUGGAGCAUUCCAUAGGCAGCAUUGUUUCGAAGGUCGAUGCUGUCAUUGUGAAACUGGAAGUCAUGGAGAAAACAAAACUUAAGAGGAAAGAGGUCUUGAGUAGACUGUUGGAUGGGGUCACAGAGGAUGAAAGGUUGGGCCGUGACAAUGAGGUUCACAGGGAUCAGAUGGAGAGACUUGUAAGAGAAGAAUUGGACCACUGGGAAUCAGAUGAUACAGCAUCCCAAGUGAGCCACCGCUUGGGAACCCCAGUAGGGCUCAAUGGCCAAUGCCGGUCCAGGAGUUCCCGCCCUUCUUCCUCACAGUCCACAGAAGGUGUUGAUGGAGGAGGAGCUGGAAAUGGUGGAAGCAACAUACAUGUCUAGUAGCAUUUUUCUUGUGCUUUCAAGAAUUCCCACAAUUAGUGACUUACCUAAAUGAUAGGGUGCUGUCUAUAAAUAAGAUCUGUGUAUCUACCUACACAAGUUGGUAGACUGAAUAAGCAGAGAAGCAGCUUCAUUCUUCUGGUUUAAUAGAGCUAGAAGAUGUUAUAAGAUGUUCCAACUAUUUUCAGGACCAGAUAUUUAUUUAAAAUGUAACACUUAAACACCAUUUAUGUGGAAAUGACAUGCAUUUUUCAACUUAGCAGGGAAAAUAUGGCCAAACCAAAAUAAAGUUACUUAUUUUUGUGUGAGGUUUUAGUCCUACACCCACCUUUCUGAGAAUAAGCCCCACCGAACACAGUGGGACUUACUUCUUAGUAAACUUGCAAAGGAUUGCACUGUAAGUAACUGUCUUACACAUGUUCAUAUACAAAUCAAAUAUAUAAUACACUGAGGCUGUCUUUCCAUAGACUCCUUCUUUCCCACUUUUAAAAAUCAGCUGACCAGAGGAAACUAGUAAAGUAUAGACAUCUAAUUGUUUAUAAAAGUGUAUUGAUUACUUUAUGAAGAUGGAGUUUACCUAUUUCUUCUGGUUUUCUAGGAACUGAGGUUGUAUUAAUGUAUUUUAAAAACAGGUGUGUUUAUUUUCCUUGCCUGUAUCUCAUGGGUUUGCUGUCAUUUCCAUGAGGAUGAAGAUAAUUGCCUAUCAGUAUAAAGUAGUUCUUCUCUCCCUCCCCCUGCCAUUUUCCCAUGGGGAUUACUUGUUCUCCUUCUUCCUAUGAGUGCUCCUUUAUGUAAACAUUCUUAGCCAUCUGUUCCCACAUACCUUGAGUCAAUUAAUUCACUGCAGAUAACUAAGUGGUGUUGGCUAAGAAAGUGGUGCUAUAUACUGGUAAUCUUAUAUUCCCAUCCAAAGAAGAAAGUAAUUUUAAAGCAAAACUGAUAUAUGCCUCCUCUGCAAGCUAGAUAAACCAACUAUAGAAAUAACCAUGCAUGCUGCAUGUAUAAGCAUCCUCUGAAUAGAAGUGCAGACUUGAUGGUUUGUUAAUGAGUGACUGAUAAGGAAAGUGUCCAAACCAAAGAUUAAAUGCCUUACAUCUCCACUGUGAAAAGAAAAAGAUAUUGUACAACUUGAUGUCACUAUUCUGUUCAUGAGGAUUUCAAUUCUAAAUCUUACAUCUUGGAUGAUUUGGAACCACAUGAUGUUCUCAGUUUAUCUACUCUUCCUUUCUGUCCUAAUGUGAUGGUGAAUUAUCCCAUAGCAGAAAGACUCUGUAAAAAGUGACUUACCGUAUAUUUCAUGGAAUUAAGAAGAGUCGUAUCUUUCUUUUGUGAGAGUUGUUUCAGUUCAAGAACAAAAAUCUAAAAGCAGAAAAUCUAAAUUCCUGCUUCACCUGAGAAUGACAUUCUCUCAACAAAGAGAAAAUUGACUUUCUUGAGUGAUUAAAUAGUGUUUGCCAUUAAUUUUUUACUUAUAUUAGACAUGAAGUAACAAACCAAAGUUUGGUUGAUAUUAAUGGUAACCAUGGAGAUUUAGGAUUUGAAUAAAUAAACAGGGUGCUUCUGUAAAUAGCUACAAGGAUGAAUGUAACUUUUGGGGACAUGUUCCAUUGCUCUUAUGCUAAGAACUAGAUGUGUUUUGUAGGUUGCUUUGUCCCACACGGCUUUUGCCCCAAUGGGAAAGAAAGACCAGCACAUGAGCUUUGUGCAGUAGUGCCAAAGGUAUUUUGAAGAAAGGUUUUGUGUCUUUCUCUGUGCCAUUUCCCACACUCUUAACAGUAUUAAGCAGCAGAGUGAGCAACUGCCUUUGCAACAUGGCUUGAAAUGCACAUUUUAAAAAUGCUGUGUUUUUGAUCUUCAGCAGCCAUCACAAAAUCAUCUUUCAUUUGCAGUCUCUUAUAGGAAAACCAAAAUGUUUGCAUUCAUAAAUCAUACUAGUUUAUAUUUCUGUAACAUGUUGUUACUAAUUAACAAACUUCAUUUUGAAGUGCAAUUAAGAUUUCAUGGGUUGUCCAUGUGUGCUGACAAUGUACAUACAAUUAAAGUAUGGCGGCGAAGACUCUAGGGUUUUUAAAAAUCUUUUUAUUUCCCAAUGUAUAACGAUAAUGAAUUCCCAACCCCAUUUCUAGAAUAACUGUCUUUAUAGCAAAAAAUAAUAAGUAUCAUUGUUUAGAAAGUUAAUUAUACAUAACUUCCAUACUGAUAAAAAUAUAUCAGAUUAAUAGCAGCUGACUUCUCACCUAAUAAAGAUAUUAUGUGAUUUA